ACUUGAGUGAAAAAUUUUUUCUAUUUCGAUAGAUAAUAUCACUAUUUCCUCUUGUGCUAUUUCAUUAAAUAUGAAAUCGAACGAACUGACAGAUGUGAAGAAGUUCAUUACACAUAUUACCAAGGUACAGCUGCCGUAACGAACAAAACACAUCGUAUAAUUCGCGUUGUUGAUGAUUCUUGUGUUGACAAAGUAUUUAAUUUUUGAAAAAUUAUAUGUUUCUUCAAGUAAAUUAUAAGUAACAAUAUUUUUGUUUCAAAUUCAAUUUCAUUCAUUAAAUUGACUAUUUUUGCAAUAAUGGGCCGCAUAUCAAUUGUGUCUUUUUUGUUCAAAACUCGUUUAAAAUUGUGGUUAUUGCAUAUACUUAACUAAUUAGUGUUUAAACUCGUUGUUUGUUAUGUGUUAGUGUUUAUAAAUUGAAACAAAUUCUAGAAACAAGCUUUCUAAUCAUGAAUGCACCAAUUAUAACCUUACUUUUAUCAGCUUGAAAUCGAUGUAACUAAGAAUAGUGAGUACACACUUUUAGCCACUUUGUACGUCCUUCUCAUUAUUUUCCAAUAGUAUAAAAUAUUCUAUAUUUUGUAAAUCCAUCCAGAAGAGAAUAGAUUUUAUAGAAACAACUUGCCUCGUUAACUUCCAUUAUUUGUCAUUAACUUAACUUUAUCAAAAUAAAAAAAAAAGUCAUCGUCAUUCAAUUCACCUGCAAACUUAAAUUUCUCUGAGGAAUUCGAAAAUCAUUUAAAUUCCGUCGCAAUUUUGCUGUAAAUUGCCAAGCAUAAACAAUGAUCAAAACAUAGAGCGAUUGUACCCGAAAAUGUCCGAAGAUUUUCAUCAUGAAAAUAGUUCAAAAUUGUCGAAAUGUGCAAAACCCUUUGAAUAUUAUAGUGAGGUAAAUAACGCAGAAACAGAUUCAAGCGAGGAAGAAAUAAAUGUUGUCGAUUAUAUCUACCCAACAAAUGUCGUUAAUGGUAGUUUAAUAAAUGUGCCAGCAAAAAGUCCGCCAUUCAACUGUCAAAUACCCGCCGAAAGUGAGGUUAAAUUUAUCAAAGAGUGGUUAAUUUUACAUACUGAUUUAAUUCAACAACAGAACGAUGAUAUUAUUGAUAAAGAUCGAGAAAUUUAUAUUUUGCGAAAAGAAAAUGAAAUGCUUAAAGAAAGAAUAAGCUGCAUUGAAAAAGGAAUUUCGCAUCAGUUUGAGAAAGCAGGCAACCAAAAUAUUCAAGAGGUUAUUGUGGAAGAUAUGACCCACGGCCCUAUAAAAGAGGAAGUCAAUGAUGAUGAUGAUGAUCAAUUUGUAGAAGGGCAGUAUUCCCCAAAUAAUGACUGUUCUCUUGAUAUAAUAAACUAUAAAAAUGAAAAUUGUGUAAAUCUAAGUGACAGUGAAUCUCAAAUAAACAUUAUUGAACCAGUGUCUGUCAAAAACUAUGAUGAAAACAUUGUAAAUACUGUGAUUAAACUUGAUAGUGAGGACAUACUUUUAAACAAUCUAGACCAUAGCUGGAAAUCGAAAAGUGAUUAUUACAAUAGUACAAUACCUAAAGAAGUGUCAAACUAUAGUUUCACUAUAAAUAACAUUGGUGAAUUUGAUCCUAUGAAAAAUUUAAGGAUGAGCAUUAGGAGGAAAAGAGUUACGAGCAAUUCUUCCAGCUUAUCACACAAUGAAUCCUUCAAUCUCGAAGAAAAAGAAACAUACAGAAAGAGGUUCAAGAAAAAAAAACGACGUCCAACCAAAGACACAUAUAAUGUGUUAAUGUCUACAGAAGCUUAUGUAACUCAGUCACAUGAUGUGAGUUUGGGAAUAGUAUCACCAUCAGAAUUAGACAUUGGGGAGUGUCCAGCUGCUUCAUCAUUAGAAGUACCGAGAUGGCGUCACAAAAUAUAUGCAAGCUGUUAUACAAUGGAAGGAACAGAAAAUUUAGAUGAUGAGGUGUUUAAUAAAAGACAUAUGAAACUUGAAAAUGAUGAAAGGAGGAGAAAAAGGUGGGAUGUUCAGAGGAUACGAGAGCAAAGGGUAAUUGAAAAAUUAAAACAAAGACAAGAACGGAUUGCAUUAGGUUCUAAAGGUGAAGGAAGUGAACCAAUGAUGUCUUUAUGGCCAACAGUAGAAGAUAUUAAAUAUUUGGAAGUUGUUGAAGAGUUACCAGUUGCAGCCUUUGGUCAUCCUAUAACCAAAUUUACCCCGAGUGAGUUUCAAGUACCUUGGAUCGAUAAUCCAACUCUGUUAACCAAAAGACCACAUGCCCGUAAAUCAAAAAUGAGGAGAAGAGCAUCAAAAAGAUGAAAUUUAGAAUAAAAUGAAUAAACAGGUACCUGGACUUGGUUUCAUAUUAAACAAAAAAACGUGAAAAACUUUAAAUGUUAUAACAAAUUUUGUGUAAAUUAUUGUAUAUAAAUAGAAACAAAAAGUUUUCUGUUCUAUUUGUACAAGUUCAAAUAAAUGUGUGGUGGUCUAGCCAAAGUGAAAUACUUGCGUUCAGAAAAGUUUUGUGUGGAAUCUGGAGUUUGUUCUGAUUUCAAUUCUAAUUUUGAAAUUUCGUUAAUCAAAAUAAGACUGAUAUCUGGAAUAGUUUUUUAAGUCUUGAACAGUAUUAGAAGUCCUAUCAAUAAUAUAUUCUAUUUUACAUUGUUUACUGAAAUAUAGAUGUUUGAGCAAUUCUCAACUUAUUUUGAUUCUCAAAUGACAAUUGUAGAUAUGAACUGUUUCAUGGGAAGCUUCUAAUGGCAGUAAAUUAAAUUUCACAAUCUUCAGUCAUUAUAUCUUCUAAAUAAAUUUGAAAAAUUUAAUCAUAAUAAAUUCAUAUAUAGGAUAAUACUAUACAGUUUGAAUUCAUUGGGACAAAUUAAAAAAAAAAACAUUUUCUAAAAGUAUGUCCUCCUUUAGCAGAAACCUCAACAACGUUUUGACAUUGACUCUCAUUGAAUCAUUAGUUUAUGGCGCAUGUUCUUGACCUCAUCAUCAAGGAACCACAAUUUUAUAGCAAUCGUUAUCAUUUUUGCAAAACAGCUAACACUUGAUAAUAUGCCAUAAAUUCGUAAUUGGAUGCAGGUCUGGUAAAUUACCCGAUGUGAGAUUGUCAUUAGUUUUAGAAUGUAAUUUGAUAUUUCUUCUAAAAUUUAAUGAGUUUUACAGUUGUUUUCCAUUUGCGACCACAUUUUUCUUUUUGGUGAUAAUAAAUUAUAUUUCGAAACCAUCAUAUACAUGUUUUUAAAGAAAUUAUUGUAAUACGCUUCUUAUGAGAAAUGUUCAUCUUUGAAAUAACACCUUAUUACACAGAACACCAUCGACUGAUACACAGAUACAAUCACAACUGAACUGAUGACCUUCAAAAUCUAGUCAAACGCGUUUUUAAUGUUCAAGUUCAAUUCUGAACUCUGCCUUUAGACGGAUAUAAUCAGUUUGGGGAGGUUCGGGACGUCGAAAUCUAAAUUAAAAUAUCCCAAUUAAUUCAAAAUAGUUUUGCAUAAUCGAGUCUUAUCCUUUUGUCUGGCUUCCCUCGUGCAUGUGAUGUUCAUUUGAAAAUGUGGCUCCUUUACUGUAUUACUGAUUUUGUUGAUAGUGUAAAGUUAAAGAUCUAUGAAUUACGGGGCAAAUUCUCCACUUUUUCUAAUUUUCUCUCUAUUAGAGCUCUUAAGAUGACUUUACUGUGUGUCUGUUUUCCAGUAUUAUCAUAUAAUUCUUAGUCUUUCCUAAAUGUGCUAUGAUUUUAUUGAAUUUUGCAAUACAUAUAUUGAUAAAUUGAUUGUUUGAAUUCUUAAUUUAUUUUCAUUGUUAAAAAUGAAAUUGUAUGAGAUUUUUUCCAUGGGAAGCAUAUAAUAGAAAUGAAUCAAAAAAUUUUAACAUACAAUUCAUUAAAGUUGAGUUUAAAUAAUUACUGGUUUCGUUUGAAUACUUUACAUAACAUUUAUAUUUUUUGGUAUAUUUAAAAACACAUUUCGAAGUCUUCAUUGGGAAAAAUAUUUUUCAACUUAUUCACAGAUAUUUUAUUUUUAUUAUAUUAAUUUGAUAUUUAAAAUAUAUUGUAUACAGGGAUGACAUUUGUAUUGGAAGUGUUAAAAAAUCAUUUCCCGUUGAUAAUAGUAACAACAUUAAAUAUUGAAUUGUACAUUAGUAACUGUGAAAAUUCUGGUUUUCUUCAACUGAACACUUUUAAUCAAGUGAAAAAUGAUAUUUUUUUAUCGAAACGGAAUCUAAUUCAUCAGUUUGAAAACAAGUGAAAUGAUGCAUAACAUUUUCCAGUUUUUCGCUUGUAUCUAGAUCACCAUGAUUUUUCACUGUCGAUUUUAUAUAUGGAAAGGUUAUUUCUAUCAUAACAUUACUUAAAAAAACAAAAUUCACAUAACUUUACACAUAAAUCAAUUUUCUUAAGAAUAAUUUGGUAUAUAGUCCAGGCUACCGAAGAAGAAAUGAGGUAUUACCUCCGAUUUCCAUGAACCUGCAUCGAUUUGCAUGAAAAUUUGGGAUUACUUACUUAUAUCAUCAAAAUCUACCAUAGGCCAAUAUGUGCUUAUUACUGUUAGGGGUGAAAACUACCUCUUAUUGCAAAAAAUUAAUAAAAUCACAAGUGUAAGCAUUUAAUGAGUAGAAAAAUAAUUUUAAGGUUUCAAUAAACGCUGUUUAAUGCCUUAAUAUAGUAUUUAUAAUUUUUCAACCCUGCUUGAUGUAUUUCAUCCCUUAUAAAGCACCUUCAGUUGAUAUAAAAUUAAAAAAUAGGAUUUAAUUACUUUGUGGUUUCUUACUUAUAUUGAGUUGACUCUUUUUGUCUGUGUUCAACUCAAAUAUUUUGCUUUCCAAAUGUUCACCCUUAUAAAUCAUUUCUUAUUUUGAAAAAAAUUGAAAUCAAAUAUUUAUAGACGUUAUUCUUUUUAAUUAUUUAUUUAUUUUAAAUGGACUUUUUUUUAUCUGUUUUGACUUGAAUAUUUUGUAUUUAAAAUUUUCCACCCCUAUAAGUCAUGAAUGAAAAAUUUAUUUACAAGGUUUAUACAAUGUUAAUAUGGAUAACUUUUAAGCAAAUUAGUCGCUCAAAACGUAGAUUUAUAAGGAAUUUUAUAACCUAUAAGUUUUAAAUUUCUUUAGCCUCCUAUUUUUUAAAGAGUUCGACGAAAAUGGUAUCAAUCAUACUUUAUGGUAUGAUUUGUAACUUUUUGUUCCUUAUCAAGUAUAGUUUUCCAGAUAUUUUGAAAAAAAGGAGAAAUUUUGCAUUCUAAAUCGUUCAAACUUAUAAUUAUUAGUAUGUUAAUAAAGUACACUGGAUAAAUUUUAUUUAUAUUUUAUUUCGGCCACAACUUUCUUAGUUUCUUAGUUUUUAUGCUAGAGAGUUCUACGAACUCUCAUUUUAAAGGUUUUUAAAAGUACUUUGAAAAAGAUCUUAUGCAAUUACCUCGAAACGUUUACCGUUUUUCCUUUACUCGACGUUGAAUUUUAAAAAAAUUUCCUUCGAUAAAAAUAUUCAACCUUCAAUAAAUCAUAUUAAGCCUGAAGCAAAAUUAAAAAGAAACAUCUUUGUGUUUUUAUAAGCAUGUUCAUGAAAAUCGGAGGUGAAAACCUUGGUAGCUUGGACUAAGAGUAUUUUUGUUUAAAAUUAGCACUACUUGUACAUGGUUCUAAAACGGAACCGAGAAUAUUUAUAAUUUUGAGUUUUUUUUCAUGACAAAUAUAGUAUUUAUUUAGUGUUCAGUAUCGAAACCACAUUUAUUUAGAAUAGAAUUUUAGAUUGAAAAAUAUUGUAUUUUGUGAAUAGUGUCUCAAAUAUAAUUUCGAAUGGUAGUAAUCAAAUUUCGUUUUUUAUAGGAUAACUGUGACUGUAACAAGUUUUCAUCAAAAAGUUAAGAUCUCACAAAUCAAUCUUCAGUAAAAGGUUAUUUUUAUUAUAAAUGCAUUAAUUUUAAUUCAAAUUAAUAUAUUUUUGAGACACUACAGGACGACUUGAGAAUAUACGCGCUUAUUUAUGAAGGUUUAUACCUAAAUGUGAUCUUAAGACGUUCUAUGUAUAGAAAAUUAUUAAUCACUUUCGUUUUUAGUUUCAAUGUGAUAAUAUAAAAAAAUUAGAAGGAAUUUGAUAUUAUUUUUAUAUUUAGUCGAUAUUGUAUGUUCAGGAUUGUAUUGUACUUAGACAUACUACAUUUACUAAGAAUAUAUUUUGUUUUUUAAUACACUCUUAAGAAUGA